UAAUUCUGGAGCAUGCGUGCUCUUUCAGAUUAUUGAUUUUUGAUAUUUAACUUUUACUUUAGUUGACUUUCUCGCUUUGGGUGCACAAAUUGUUUAGGAAUUGAUGAGAUAUUAUUGAAAUUUAUUAUAUUAUAAAAAUAAUUAUUAAUAAAAAAUAUAUUUUUGUAUAACAAACAUCGAAAUAUAAGUGUUUUGAAGAAAAAGAAAUGUGUAAAUUAUCAAAUUUUGUGAAUUUUAUUAUCUGCAUUGCGACAUUUAGUCAAACCUUGGAUUCUGGUAUGGCUAUUAAACGUGGGCCUCAUCAUCCACGUAGUGAACAGUCAAAGACACGAAGAGUUGAUCAACAUUUAACUCAUGAGGAACAUCGCAUUGAGGAUGAUUUGAAAGAAAUGGGCAUAAGUGUGAAUCCAGAAGAAAUGACUGAAGAAGAAAAGAAUUUUUACUAUUUUAAGAUUCAUGACAGUGAUAAUAACAACGCAUUGGAUGGCUUAGAGAUGUUACAAGCAGCUAUGCAUCAGGAUGAUAGCUUUAAGAGAAUAGAUAGAGAUAACUAUUUACAAAACACCAGCGAUGAAUUAAAUCACAUAAUUGAUCUUACCGAUUCUAGAGGUCAUUGAUGAGUUCCUGCAAAUAGCGGAUGAAAAUAAAGAUGGAUUUCUACAUUAUCCGGAAUAUGUGAAAGCAGUUGCCGGUGCGCCGGAGCCAUUUUAAAUAAAAGUGCAUUAUAACUUUUUCUUAAUAACAAUUUUUAAAGUAUAUUUAAUAUAUAUAUUUUUAAUAGUUUACGCGUUAGCUAAUUUAAACAAAUAUACAAACACACAAGCAAAAUGCCAAAUAACAUUACUAAUAAAUAAAUAGUUAAAUUGUUUUUCUUUUUUAUUCUCACAUAAACAUUUUUUAUUACAAUACAACGUAACUUAUUAAGACUGUAAAUACUCAAAAUUAUAAUAAAAUAGUUAAAAAUUAUUUAAAUAAUU